AUUUUGAUACUGGUUUCCUUCCAAAAAACAAUUGCCCAGAUCUAGAUUUUAAGAUUUGUGAGAAAAAUAUUUAUUUUUAGGAGAAUAUUAGCAAUAGCAAUGAUAAUAGUAGGAUCUAUAAGGUGCUUUUUCUUUUUUAUCUGGGAGGGAUAGUAAUAUUACAGGGAGUGCAAGAUAGCGAGAAUAAACAGAUAACAAAAAUGGUAAGAGGCGCAGGUUAGCAAGUACAAAGAAGGAAGAGAGGACGCCUGGACAUAUUUACACCUAGUACAGUGGGUGAAGAAACUGAUGCCAAAGGGGCGGACAUUUCAAAGCUAAACACACACACACACACACACACCCACUCCUAAUUGACAUUCACUCUUCAUAAUCUCCCAUUUAUUUAUACUCUGAAUAUAAAUUCCCAACCAUUUUCUAUCCUCCCGAGCCAUUGCUGAGGUAGACUUGGCUUUGGAUUUCUCAGAAAUCUCCGCGCAUUCUCAUCUGUCGAGCUUCAAUGGAGUCCGCCGCUGUUCUUCGUUCAUUCAAUUGUAUGACAUCUCCGUUGAGAUCCAUUAGCGACAAACCAGGGGUGUUCCUCAUGAACAGUGCCAGCUUCUCUGGCUUUGGUAAGCACACAUUACAAGGAUUGUCAUAUGGUGCGAAGUUAAUAUCUUCCCCGAAUAAGCUGGGAGGAGCAAUAGUAUUAUCUGCAAAGUCUUCAGAAGUCACAUUGACUGCUAAAUCUAAUGAUUUAGGUGACUCUAAUGGAGCUGUUAAGCCGGAUAGCUCCCAGAAAGUGUCAGGUCAGAACAGUUCACCCCGGAGAACAACGUUUCCAAAUGGAUUUGAGGAACUGGUGACUGAUGUCUGUGAUGACACUGAAAUUGUUGAGCUGAAAGUUAAGAUUGGAGACUUUGAAAUGCAUAUGAAGCGAAAUGUUGAACUUCCCAAAGCUCCAGCACAUGUUGAAUCUCCUACCGUAGCUCCUCCAAUUCCUAGUGAACCUAUGAAUGAAUUGGCUCCUGUUGCUGCUCCACCACCAGCUCCACCAAAACCCACGGAGAAAGUCAGCCCAUUUACAAAUAUUCCUGCAGAGAGGUCUGCCAAAUUAGCGGCCCUGGAGGCUUCAGGAUCCAGUGGCUAUGUUCUUGUAUCAUCUCCAACGGUUGGUUCAUUUCGAAGGGGAAGGACUUUUAAAGGAAAGAAGCAACCUCCUAUUGUCAAGGAGGGCGACGUUAUCAAGGAAGGCCAAACCAUUGGCUACCUAGAUCAGUUCGGUACUGAACUUCCUGUUAAAUCAGAUGCAGCUGGAGAAGUCCUGAAGUUCCUGUACAAUGACGGAGGUAUGAUACUGUUUGCCUUUAUAAACAUUUAUUGUUUUCUCUGUAUCCAAUAUAUUUUGAAUAAUAUCUUCCUAUUGGCUUUUAGAUUCUACCAAUUUGUACUAUUUAUGGUCUGAAACAAGGAAGCACAUAAUGUUCUUAACUGCAUUAGAUAUUGGAUUUGCUCCACUUGAGAGUUGAGACAGCCCACUACUGUUCAACUAAACUGUCUGUCUUCUAAGAGUAUUUCAGUUCUGUAUAUAGUUUAACACGAGUAUAGUUAGGUGAUAACAGUCCUCAAUGCUCAUUUCCAAGUGAUGGAAACCAGGAAAGAGACUGUCUUGGUGCAAGUUACCUAUAACGAAAUGUUGGUGCUUAUGUGAUCAUUUAUUCGUCCCUCUGUGUGGCAUCCGUGAGAAGUUACAACUUACAAGGAGUCGCUAUAUGUUUUUUUUAUGUUUCUUAUAUUCAUCGUCCGGCAAAUAUUCGGCCUGUGAACUCCAUGCAGAAUCCUUGCUUGACCUUGCUAUCAAUGUAUGAUGCCCUUUUUGGGUUUUGCUUACAAUGACAUUGCUUAAUCUGGGACUUUCAUGCAUAUACAGAAGCGGUUGGUUAUGGUGAUCCUCUCAUUGCUGUACUGCCUUCUUUUCAUGGCAUCAAGUGAACCUCACCCGCAGAAAGUUCAUUCUCGAGUGCAUUGUGGGGAGGAUUAAAGCGGUUGUUUGUUUUUUUAAGUUUCAUCAAUUCUUUAUCUCCUUUCCCUCUAGAAAAUUGAGAGUACAGGCGUGUCUAGUUAAGGUCAAUGUUUUUAUCAGUUGGGUGAUAGAUGCACAUACAAUGGACUAUGCUUUCUAAAUUCAUAUGUUGCUUUGAGCUCAAUUUGUUGUAGACCAGCCAACUUGUUGGGAAGAGAAGCAUUGCCAUUUAAAACAGAAAAGAAGAGAUCAGAUUUUGUUUACAUAUUUUCGUUCUAUUCUAAUGACGAGUAAUGUUCAAUUUCUAUCA